AUGCACAGAAAACCCCGGAAGUUUCUGUGGAUUCUAGGAGAUUCAGGAACAACCGGCGAGUUCAUGUUCAGCUCACUGAAGUGCUGUAGGUUCAAGGCGAAGAGGCACGAUGACACGUACUACGUUCCUCCAGAAAAAGACCUAAUCAUUGCAUCCCUAUACUAUUUGUUUGGCACUGAUCUGAUAUUGCCUGCCAGAUCCCACAAAACGUUACUUGCCACAUUAUGCCUGACGCCGGAAUGCAUUUCGACUGCGAGCAGAAUGCUUAUGGCGAUGGACAGAAGUGUGAACCCUUGUGAGGAUUUUUACCAGUUUUCCUGCGGUGGAUGGACGAAACGAACCAAGCUGGACGACAUGGCGGUCGCUGUGAGCAUGAUCGCAGACGAUUUGCGGACCAAUGUUCGGAACGAUCUCAUUGAUUUGCUGUCAGCGGAUCCAAACCCCGACGAUCCUGCGGUCUUCAACCAGAUUAAAUACUUUUACGAAUCUUGCAUGGAGGCUGAUGAUAUCAUUGAAGACAGCUCUUCUCGGGAAUACCUUCGGGAGCUGUUGGAGAAGUACGGGGGAUAUCUGACAGGUACCACUGGAAGCGACGACUUGUCCAAGCUCAUGACAUUCAUGAUCAACGUCCACAGCAUCCCAUUUUUCCAGAUUUCUCUGAAUUUUGACGCCAAAAAUGUUUCUCAUAUGGCUCUCGAGAUUUCCCCUGUGCAAAAAGACCUGCGUUCUAAACUCGGGAAGCAAUCGCACUUGCCGGAGAAAAUCCCUAUCCAACCUGAGGGCCAAGAGAACGAAGUGGUCCCACCAAAUGAUUCACACUUUCAUUUCUCCUCCGAUGAACGUCUGCGGAAUCACAGAGCCGCCUCGCAUCAACUCCUAGCCCACCUUUUGCUCGCUCUCGGAUAUGCUGUCGAGGACGACGGAGUCGAACAAAAUCGUUUCAAGAAAGCCUCGAAGCUUCUUCAUGACAUCUUCAAGGCAUGGUUCCCCUGGAAUUUUCUCCAGGCACAACUUUCGCCCUCCAUCGAAGUGACAGUUGAUUUCUCAUCGUCUCUCCUUCUGAGCCCCUCUGUCAAGGAGCAUCGCAGAGCAUCGUUGAGCAUGGACGUUUAUAACAUGUAUUCGGUGCGUCAAAUGGAAACCGAGUUUUCAAUGUUGCCGUGGUUCUCAUGGAAGACCGUGUUGCGAGAAUUGCUCAUCCAUGACUUGUCUGAGUCAGACAAAAUAAUUGUCUAUUUCCCGCAACAUUUGAAGCGUGUUGCCGAGGAACUGCGACAACAAGACUCGAGCACCAUUCGUGACGCUCUCUUGACUCACUUCCUGGGAAACACGAUUGCCGAUCACAUGAUUCGGCGAGACAAGAGCAUGCGAGAAAUCGAAGAAGUUUGCGUGGAGGCUGUUGAACUGAUCGCACCCAUCGCACUCAGUGGGCUCUAUGUGCGAAAAACGUCGUUCCGGGAGAUUGAACAUUAUCGGAAAGAGGUCAUUCCGGCGAAAGAAUUCAAGAUAGAGCCCCUGUUCCAUUCGGCCCCACAUGUGCUCACAAAGAGCGCCCUCCGGGUCCGACGACUGCCUCCUCUUUGCGUUCAUCAAAUUUGCAUUGCAGAGCAGAGUCACGCGAAGAAGCUGGCGGCAUUUCACUAA